CACAAUUUAAAAAUAUUUAGAAAGGAGAAAGAUGAAGAAUAUGGAUCAAGAAAGAAAGAAUUUACUUCUCUGAAAGAUAUUCAACCCCAUUUGAAAAUCCUUGUUCUUUUUACAACAUCCUUGAUGAUUUGGUUUCUUUUUCUCCUAGUUCUUUCACCCAAAAGAAUAUCGAAUCCCAUCCGAGUAUUCCUCUCAACUCAUUCUCCAGCAGAAUGCAAAGACAAUUACUCUGUCUAUAUUUAUAACCUGCCUUCCAAAUUCAAUUUUGAUCUAUUGGAAGAUUGUAGCAGUUUGAAUAUCUACACAGAUAUGUGCCCUCAUGUUACAAAUAAUGGCAUGGGAAGACCACUCCCUGAAAUGGGCUCUAGCAGUUGGUACACCACUCAUCAACUCAUCGGUGAAUUAAUCGUUCAUGCUCGAAUCGAAAACCACCCCUGUCGUACAGAGGAUGCAGAGAAAGCUACUCUAUUUUAUGUACCUUUCUACGGGGGGCUCCAUGCCUCGAGCAAAUUCCGCGAGCCAAAUUACACGAUUCGUGAUGCAUUGGCUGUUGAAUUGGUGGAGUAUAUAGAAGAGCAGAAGUGGUGGAAGAAUAAUAAUGGGAGAGACCAUUUCAUGGCUUUUGGAAGAACUGCUUGGGAUUUCAUGAGGACUGAUGAUGUUCCUGAUUUUGGUGCAAACAUGUUAUUGAACAUGUCCCCUGUGCAAAAUAUGUCUCUUCUUUUGGUGGAAAGACAUCCAUGGGAAGGCCAUAAUCAACAUGGCAUUCCUUACCCCUCCUACUUCCAUCCCUCUGCAUUGUCUGAGAUGAUUGAAUGGCAAGAUCGUGUGAGUUAUAUGGAUAGGCUUCAUUUGUUUUCGUUUGUUGGGGCUCCACGGACAGGAAAGAAAAAAGUUGUCACUAGGGACAGAGUCAUAAAACAAUGCGAGGAGUCAAGUAAAUGCUUGAUCUUGAAAUGUGGCAAGGGACCAAGUAAGUGUCACAAGCCUAGACAAGUUCUUAACGUGAUGAUGAGGUCCAAUUUUUGCUUGCAAGUAUUGGGCGAUUCAUAUACUCGACGUUCAACUUUUGAUUCCAUACUCGCUGGAUGUAUUCCGGUCUUCUUUUCUAACCAUACCGCGUAUUCGCAAUACCAAUGGUUUUUACCUUCUGAUCCUACCACAUAUUCCGUUUACAUUGAUUUAGAACGAAACCAUAGCAUUUCAAUAGAGGAGGAGCUUCUCAAAAUUCCAAUGGAAGAAGUAGAAAGAAUGAGGAGGACUGUCAUACAAUUGAUCCCAACAUUAACGUAUGCACACCCUAAUUCUACUUCAUAUGGAUUUAGGGAUGCUGUUGAUGUCGCCCUUAAAGCACUGUCCCAUCACGUUAGCUCAUUGUUAAAAGCUACCUCUUGAGUAGGAUGUACUAUCACUAGUACGCUUUGGAAUAGUGUAUUUCAUUUUGAGUUUCAGUUAUAUAUACU